UUCGAAUCGUCUGGCAACCUGACGAAGACCAAUCAAAUCGUUGUUCGUUAGUAAAGGCGCGCUUGGUUCUUUUCAUACCUCGUUCGGAAUAUUCAUUCAAUAUAAAGAUGGCUGGCGGUAAAGCAGGCAAAGAUUCGGGUAAAUCCAAAGCUAAAGCCAUAUCCAGAUCGGCAAGGGCAGGAUUGCAGUUCCCUGUAGGUCGUAUUCAUCGACACCUAAAAAGUAGAACUACCAGUCACGGAAGAGUAGGAGCAACAGCAGCUGUAUAUAGUGCUGCUAUUUUGGAGUAUUUAACUGCUGAGGUUUUGGAAUUAGCAGGAAAUGCCAGUAAAGAUUUAAAAGUCAAACGUAUAACACCACGACAUUUACAGCUCGCAAUUCGAGGAGACGAAGAAUUGGAUUCGCUCAUUAAAGCCACCAUUGCCGGUGGAGGUGUUAUCCCUCACAUUCACAAAUCUCUUAUUGGAAAGAAAGGCUCACAGAAAACACCAUAAAUGAUUUUUUAAGUCAUUCCUUGUUUUAUUUUACAAAACAUAACCAUUAUAUAUCUAUUACAUAUUCAUUUAGCAGUAUUAAAGACAUUUGUUCAUAACAUCUCUGUAUUUGAAAUAGAAAUUUCUAAACCGAUCACUGCCUGCACACAUACACAGAGAAAAACUACUUGAUUAACUUUAUUGUGUUUUUUUUGCUUCUGAAAGUAUAAUUGUGACAGGUUCGUUUCUGUACAGAAAAAACUAUUUUAUAACACUUUUAUUCCAUUCAUUAAAUUUAGAUGUUUUGCUAGUAGACUUUGCAAUGUAAAUAAAUAAAAAAAAUUUUUUAUAUUCGUAUCUUAAAA